AUGGCGGCCACCAAGCAGGAGUCGCAGAAGAUUUUCGAGAAGCUCAAGACCAAGCCCGCCAACAAGAUAUGCUUCGACUGCGGCGCCAAAAACCCCACCUGGUCCUCCGUGCCCUUUGGCAUCUACCUGUGCCUCGAUUGUUCCGCCAACCACCGUAAUAUGGGCGUGCACAUCUCCUUUGUGCGCUCCACCAACCUCGACAUCUGGCAAUGGGAACAGCUCCGCAUCAUGAAGGUCGGCGGCAACGAGUCGGCCACCAAGUACUUCCAGACCCACGGCGGUACUGCUGCUCUCAACUCGAAGGACCCCAAAGCCAAGUACAGCUCCAACGCUGCCACAAAGUACAAGGAGGAGUUGACCAGGAGGGUUGCUCUGGACAAGAAGCAAUUCCCCGAUGAGGUAAUCAUCACCGACGUGCCCGACGCCGAGACGUCUGGUUCCAACACCCCCGCUGGCGACGAGGACGACUUCUUCUCGUCCUGGGACAAGCCCACCAUCAAGCGCCCCAGCAACCCUCCCUCGCGCACCGGCACCCCCGCCUCCGGUAGCCGCACCGCCUCGCCAUUCCUGAACGCUUCCUCCAAUGGCAACGGCACCGCCCGCUCCAAGUCGCCGCUCUCCGCUGGCUCUGAAGCCACCCCAGCCGCUCCCCGUGCUGUUCCCGCAUCUGCCGUCCGCAGCAAGACCGCCGCCACAUCGAAGCCCAAGGCCAACAUUCUCGGCGCAAAGAAGAAGGGUCUGGGAGCGAAGAAGGUCGUGGCCACCGGCGGAGACGCUCUUGACUUCGACGAGAUGGAGCGCAAGGCGAAGGAAGAGGCCGAGCGCAUCGAGAAGCUGGGUUACGAUGCCGAGGCCGAGCGUGUGGCCGCCGAGGAGGCUGCGAAGGCCAAGGAGGCUGAGAGCCGCACAAACAUCGUCAGCCCGACUCCCGUGAGCCCACGCGGCGGGUUUGGCUCGACCAGCAAGGAUCGCAACAGCGGAGAUGUCGAGCGUCUGGGUAUGGGCGUUGCAAGGCUGGGCUUCGGUCAGGUUGGUUCCAGCAAACCCGCUGCGGCACCCAAGAAGAUGGGCGGUUUCGGCUCUACAAGUCGUCCUGCUCAAGAUG